AGAGAUAGGUGCAACCAGGCAGACUGACUGGGAGAGAGCGUGUGUGUGCAGACUGGGAUGAGUAAAUGCACUGGGCAGCAUAGCUGUUGAUACAGCCAAAAAGAGAGAGAGAGAGAGAGAGUGAGUGUGUGUGUGCAGGAAAGCGAGCGAGAGAGCGAGAGAGAGAGUGGAGAAGAGAAAAGGAAAAAAGGGGAAAGAAAGAAGCAGAGAAGAAAAAGGGAGGAUACUACGACAACAACUAUGCUGUGCUGCAUAAGAAGAACCAAACCGGUGGAGAAAAAUGAGGAGGCGGAUCAGAAGAUUGAGCAGGAUGGCACCACCAACAAACCGGAAGACAAGGCCCACAAGGCUGCCACCAAAAUACAGGCCAGCUUCCGUGGACACAUAACUCGGAAAAAGAUGAAAGAUGGAGAGGAAGAGAAGGAUGGAGAUACUCCUGCUGCUACAGACGAAGCAACAGAGGGCGGAGAAGAAGUGAAGAAAACGGCAGGGUCCCCGCUUAAGGAGGAGAAUGCUGCAGAAGAGGAGGGGAAAAAGGAGGAGGAAACGAGCCAAGCCAAAAGCCCGGUGGCGGAAAAGCCUGCUAACUCGCCGGCAGCUGCCGCUCCGUCUCCUGCAGGAGCAGCGACGUCUCCUGUAGCGGCGGCACCUGCUGCUGUCUCCCCUACGGCGCCUUCCGAGGCCCCCAAAGAGGAGUCAAAGGCCGAAGAAAAAGCUGAAGAGAAGCCCAAAGAGGUGGAAGCGGCCAAGAGUCCCACCACAGCUACAUCCGAGGAAAAGGUGGAGGAGAAGGGUGAGGAGAAGAAGGAGGAGGCCAGACAAGCCGAUGUGCCUGCCGCUGUCAGUCCGACGGCUGACAAGGAGGAGCCUGACCAAACAAAAGAUAAAGAUGCUGCAGAGGAGUCCAAAGCAGCGGGCGACACCCCAGCAGAUGCAUCUGCAGAGGCCGCUGAGUCCAAGGAUGACUGAGGCCAAAUCUACUCUCCUACAAGCAGAAUGAAGAAAAACAGAAAAACAAAAAUCUAAAAAGGUUACUCUUUGCCUUCCCAGUGCGAAGGCAGUCCGUUUUAUUUUUUUUUUUGUUUUUUUUUUUAAUUUGUCAUUUUUUGUGUGGCAAUGAUUUUCUCAUGUUGGGGGAGUUUCCAGCGUGAAGUUUUUUGGCUCAAGCUAAUACUAUGAUAACGUGGUGAUGAUGUUGUUGUUGUUGAUGAUGAUUCUGAAAUAUGAUUGUGAUGCUGAUGAGGAGGAAGAUUUGACUUGUACAUCUUUUACUAUGUAUUGUAAAGGAUUUGGUCGUGGAUUAAAAAAAAAAAAAAAACUCCCAACUGGACAUGCACACAUUUAUAAUGCAUAGCAAAUAAAUUCAUCUUUGUUUGCUCUGCAAUAUCCUUUCAUUCCAUACACGUUGCCAGUAACGUUCUACUUCUACCAGUGCACGCACAAAAUAGCUGGUUUUUACAAUGCAACUCCACUUUUCAUUAUGCUACAAGUGUACUGAAAACACCAACAUAUGAUAUGAUAAGAAUGUAUCAAUAAAUGUGUCCCAUUUCCAGUUGGAGAGAUGUAUACUACACAUACAAACACAACUUAUAGUACAAUAACAUUACUCUCUUUUACUCCGCUUGACUCAUUCAGGCUUUACACCCCUUUUACAAACAGUCUGCACACUUGUUGGCAGAAAAAGGACCUGUCGCCAUUGAAGUGACAUGAUCGUAUAAUAAACUUUAGAAAUCUGCUGUAGUAUUUAUGUCUCCACAAGACAAUUUAUAUUCAGACAACCAAAUAUGAGAGCAGUAGCAUGAACCAUCGAACCGGAUGCAUGAUGGGAACUCUCUCUGAGAGGAACUUUUUUCCGCAAUGAUGAAAAAUUGAAGAGGUGUGGCGGCUUCUUUUUUGAUGUCUUUGGUGUUGUUAUGACAGUUGAUAUGAUUGGAGUCAUUCUCAUGCACAGAUGUCAAGAAAAAACACACACAAAAAAAAGAGCAAUCACAAAUGAGCAAACAACAAUUACAAAAAAAAAACUUUUCCUAUGUUCCAGUGAGUGCAAUGUCCAAUUUUAACCUAUCAAAGAGUUCCAACUUGUGAGGAAAAAAAAAAAGAAAAAUGGUUUCAAUGUCUGUUUUCAAAAUAAAGCAAAUGUGCCAA